AUGGCGGCGGCGGCACGGGAGGUGGCCGUUUUUGGACCCAAGGACCUCGACCUGGACGACGCCUCUUUGCACUCGUUGGAGCCUUGUGCGCAGUUGGCUUCAGUGAUAGCGUUGAGUAGCGUAGCGGUUGGGAUAACGGGGCCCUCCGACAAAUCCGACAUCCCAGAUGCGGCGAUGCAGGCGCCGCCGGAGCAACCCUCAACACCAACAAAUCAACGGAACGGAUCGAAACACAACGGCGGAAGUCAAAAAGUCGCGAGAGGCGAAAGCGUCGGAGGGACGAGCGUGCAUAUCCGUUCAGCGUUGAUCAUCGGCCACGCCUACCCCUUCUCCGAGCACACAUCAAGGCUGCCCGACCCAUUGGGACGCCUCAUACACGGACUCCAAUGGUACCAAGGAGCUAGGCGUGCUCUCGUAUGGUCACUGCAUAAAAGCAACGUCUCGACGAUGCUCUUCACGCACGCAUCCUUCCCCAAAGCCAUGUCUACCAUCCCAGCUGCCACCCAGUCAGACCAAGACAUCGACGCAACCUUCGAAUCGCAAAUCACUACGGACGGAAAGUUCGUCCUCAAUGAAUUGAAAGUGGAUGUGCAUUCGGUGAUAGGCUACAUGUGCCCAGCGCCCACCACGGACGCCGACUCAGACGAUACUCGUAUUGAUCGCAGGUGUCUCUUCGGUUUCGACUGGGAUCUCCAUACAAGAGACAGCGUAGCCACCGAGGCGAAACAACCUGACUUAACACCGGCCACUGCGUUCAAAUACGGCCCUCUCUACGACUCCAUGACAUCUCACAUGCUCCGGUACGGAGAUGAAUACCUAGGGACGACGCAGGUCUUACUGAUCAGGGUGGUCGAUAUGAUCGGUCAAUCUGACAUGCUCAUGGUCAAGAUAUAUGGCGAAGAGGAACAAAACAUCCGUGCUGACUGGUGCACGGACUGCAACUUUGAAGACGCUCUGGUCUACAUGCGGUGGUGCAGGGACUGCAAGCGUUGGGAAAGAGCGCCGAGCCGGCGCACGGCGCUCAGGCGCGCACGUAGGCACACCAUUUGA